CCAGGCCCGGCCCAUCGACGGCCAGGGGAAACCCUCAUCCUGCCUGACCAAAAUACUUACCGCCGACAACAAAAACACCUAGUUCUAUCCACUACAAAUUGAGUUCUUUGAGGAGGUGUCAAGACAGGACGACGAAGAUCGAGCAAUGGAUAUGGUGUAUACGGACUUGAGCAAGGCAUUUGUUAAGAAAUUAACCUUUUAAUCAUGGCUUCCAUGUUGGGUUACACAUUCAGAAAUGUCCCAGUCAGUGUUGCAUGGGCAACAAAGAUAAAUGCACGUUUGUUGAGUUCAGUAUCUCACCCUCUGCCUCAAGUGCAAGCGACCAGUAAGAAAACUCUAGCAAAACCAGGUUUAAGAAAUGUUGUCCUCGUUGAAGGUGUCCGAACUCCAUUUUUGAUGUCCGGUACCACAUACGCUGAUUUGAUGCCACAUGACUUGGCCAGAACAGCACUACAGGGUCUCCUUACAAGGACUAACAUUCCAAAAGCAGAUGUUGACUACAUAGUGUUUGGGACUGUCAUUCAGGAAGUCAAGACAAGCAAUGUUGCCAGAGAGGCUUCACUUGGAGCAGGGUUUUCCGAUAAAACUCCAUCCCACACAGUUACCAUGGCUUGUAUUUCCUCCAAUCAAGCAAUGACCACAGCUGUUGGCUUAAUUGCCUCUGGUCAGUGUGAAACAGUGAUAGCUGGUGGUGUGGAGUUCAUGUCAGACGUUCCCAUUCGUCACAGCAGGAAAAUGAGAAAAACUUUGCUUUCGCUUAAUAGAGCUAAGACAAUAGGACAGAGAUUGUCUCUCCUUGGAAAAAUCCGCCCAGACUAUUUUGCACCAGAGCUCCCAGCUGUGGCGGAGUUCUCCACAAGUGAAACGAUGGGCCACUCUGCAGACAGACUUGCAGCAGCAUUUGGUAUAUCACGUGCAGAACAAGAUGAAUUUGCUUUGCGUUCCCAUACUUUGGCCAAGAAAGCAGAAAAUGAGAGGUUACUGAAGGAUGUCAUCCCAUUCAAAGUGCCAGGUCGUCACACAGUCACUAAAGACAAUGGAAUUAGACCAUCGUCAAUUGAAGAGAUGGCUCGAUUGAAGCCAGCAUUUAUCAAACCACAUGGAACAAUUACUGCUGCCAAUGCAUCAUUUCUGACAGAUGGUGCAUCAGCAGUGUUGAUGAUGUCUGAAGAAAAAGCACUAGCUAUGGGCUACAAACCACUUGCAUACCUGAGGGAUUUUGUAUAUGUUUCCCAGGAUCCUAAAGACCAGUUACUCCUCGGGCCAACAUAUGCCACUCCUAAAGUUUUGGAAAAAGCUGGAUUAACUCUUGAGGAUAUUGAUGUCUUUGAGUUCCAUGAAGCUUUCGCAGCACAGAUCCUCUCUAAUAUGAAAGCGAUGGAUUCUGACUGGUUCGCAAAGACCUACAUGGGUAGAAAAUCAAGGGUUGGUGUUCCUAAAAUGGAAAAGUUUAACUGCUGGGGUGGUUCGCUGUCUCUGGGCCAUCCUUUUGGUGCCACUGGUUGUCGCCUUGUGACAACAGCUGCUCACAGACUGAUCAAGGAAGGAGGACAGUAUGCACUUGUUGCAGCUUGUGCUGCUGGAGGACAGGGGCAUGGAAUUAUCAUAGAAACCUAUCCUCAAAAAUGAAAAGCGUUUUGGCUUUCGGAAUUAAAUCAAUGCCAUUCCAAUGCAGUGGAGCAUUAAAUGAAGAAGACCCAAAAUAGUCUGCUGGACUGAGCAGAUACAUUUUUAACAUACCACCUAUAUUUGUCAAUUAAAAUUUAAACCAUUGGAUCUGUCAAUAAAAUGAGUUCUGGAGGUC